AUGAAGUUGCAAGAAAAGAUUGAUGUAGCGGAGGAUGCAGUUGAAUUCAAGGAUGAAGACAAGACUCUUAGGGCGUGGGGAGAUUUUCCAGUUGAAGAGCAAGCCUUGCAGGUGUAUACACGGCCCAUUUACUUGCGCUUUCGUGCGGAGCUUCGUAAAGUGACAUCUUAUAAUGUACAUCAUGUUGGUCAUGAAACGUACGAUGUUAGCCCUAUCAAGAAUUAUGUUUAUGGCUAUGGCAGUAGAAGCUACAAGGUAGAGGCUAAUUUGGAAGCUGAAAAUUACAACUGCGAGUGCUACAAGUUCAGCAGGGAUGGGUUGUUGUGCUGCCAUAUUUUUAGAGUGAUGAUGCAAUUGGGUAACAUUGACAGAAUUCCAGAGAAGUACAUCCUCAAGAGGUGGAGAAUACCAGAGGAAAUUAUCGUGGAGGAGAAAUUGGAAUUGCCAAAGGUACCAGUAGACAGAAAAAUGAGUAACAAAGAAAGGCAGCAGCUACGUUAUGGAACUAUGUGCAAUAAUUUCACUAAAGUAGCCAAAAUUGCAUCAACAUCUGAUAAGGGGAAGGCGCUAGCAGAUAAAUACAUGCAAGCUUUAGAGAAAGAAUUGUUAGACAUGAAAGCUUCGGAGUCUGCUAAACGUAAGAAAAGAAAAAAUGCUACUACUGCUCAAGAUGAUGCACAAGAUGGAGAAGGCGCAAAUGAUGGUGGGCUUGAUAGUUUUUCGCAGUUUGAUCAUGUUCAGGAUCCAGUGUAUGUUCCAAAGCAAGGUCGUCCAGCAGAGAAAAGAAAACAGUCUGGUUUACAUUUGAAGUCAUCCAAAGUUGUCAAAUGCAGCGUAUGCGGGUCUAUUCAACACACUGCGGCUACGUGCAAAGAUAAGAUAACACCAGUACCAGAGCCCAAAGAAUUUGACUUCUUCCGUGAAAUGGUGUAA